GUCUUCCCUCUCUUCCCGCCGCGCGAUGUAGCCGGGAACUGUUUUCCGGCCCCGGCGUGCCCGGCGAGGGUGAGGUGGAAGCGGCCGGGGCGGGGGCGCGGGUCUCGCAGCCGCUGGCCGGUGCGGGGUGCGCCCCGCGGCCGCGCCGCGUGCGCCCGGCAGAGGCGGCCCUGCGUGCCGUACGCUGCGUCCGGGGCGCGCCCGCCGAUAUUCGAGAAGCUAUUCAGCUUCCCGGGCUCAUCAGCAGUCGCGGUGUCGGCUCGGCGCGGGCUCACAAAGACCUCGGCCUCGCGGACCGAGCGGGCGGCGGCGAGGCGGGGACGGCGGCGCACCCGGACGUUCCCGCGCCCCGGGCAGUCCCCUGAAUAUUGACGCAUUGCCAAAUCUCCUGUGGACAAACCAGCAAGAGGCCAGGACUGUGGACGGACAGGGUGAGCGUCUUCUUGUGCCUGGGGAUUCCGAAAAGAUUGGAUCACUGGGAGAUUUUUCGGGACGUUACCAAACCACUCAUUUUCGUGGCUGCCUCUGGGAGAUGAUGGCUGCGUGAGUGCCCGCCAUGGCCCACCGGAAGCGUGAGAGCACAGGGAGCAGCAUGUUGGACCACAGGGCGAGGCCGGGCCCUGUCCCCCACAGCCAGGAGCCCGGGAGCAAGGACAUGGAGCUGCCCUUGGAGGGCUAUGUGCCCGAGGGCCUGGAGCUGGCUGCCCUGCGGCCAGAGAGCCCCGUGCCUGAGGAGCAGGAGUGCCACAACCACAGCCCCGAUGGGGACUCCAGCUCUGACUACGUGAACAACACCUCCGAGGAGGAGGACUAUGACGAGGGGCUCCCGGAGGAGGAGGAGGGCAUCACCUACUACAUCCGCUACUGCCCCGAGGACGACAGCUACCUGGAGGGCAUGGACUGCAACGGGGAGGAGUACCUGGCCCACGGCACGCACCCCGUGGACACCGACGAGUGCCAGGAGGCGGUGGAGGAGUGGACUGACUCGGCAGGCCCGCACCCCCACGGCCAUGGUGCCGAAGGCAGCCAGGACUACCCAGACGGCCACCUGCCCAACCCGGAGGACGAGCCCUCCGUCCUGGAGGCCGACGACCAGGAAGAAGAUGGCCCCCACUGUCCCAGCAAAGAGGGCUACCAGGACUACUACCCCGCAGAGGCCAACGGGAACACUGGUGCCUCCCCCUAUCGCCUGAGGCAUGGGGACGGGGACCUGGAGGACCAGGAGGAGGACAUCGACCAGAUCGUGGCCGAGAUCAAGAUGAGCCUGAGCAUGACGAGCAUCACCAGCGCCAGUGAGGCCAGCCCUGAGCAUGGGCCUGAGCCCGAGCCUGGGGACUCUGCGGAGGCCUGCCUUCCCGGCAAGGCCAGCUGCAGCCCCAGCAGGCAUGAGGCGAGGCCUAAGUCACUGAACCUCCCUCCUGAGGCCAAGCACCCUAUAGACCCCCAGAGAGGCUUCAAGCCCAAGACCAGGACCCCAGAGGAGAGGCCGAAGUGGCCCCACGAGCAGGUUUGCAAUGGUCUGGAGCAGCCAAGGAAGCAGCAGCGCUCUGACCUCAAUGGACCUGUUGACAAUAACAACAUCCCAGAGACAAAGAAGGUGGCCUCAUUUCCAAGUUUUGUGGCUGUUCCAGGGCCCUGCGAACCGGAAGACCUCAUCGAUGGAAUCAUCUUCGCUGCCAAUUACCUGGGGUCCACCCAGCUGCUGUCGGAACGGAACCCUUCCAAAAACAUCAGGAUGAUGCAAGCACAGGAGGCCGUGAGCCGGGUCAAGAGGAUGCAAAAGGCUGCCAAGAUCAAGAAAAAAGCGAACGCGGAGGGGGAUGCCCAGACGCUGACGGAAGUGGACCUCUUCAUUUCCACCCAGAGGAUCAAGGUGUUAAAUGCGGACACGCAGGAAACCAUGAUGGACCACGCGUUGCGUACCAUCUCCUACAUCGCCGACAUUGGGAACAUCGUGGUGCUGAUGGCCAGACGCCGCAUGCCCCGGUCAGCCUCUCAGGACUGCAUCGAGACCACGCCCGGGGCCCAGGAGGGCAAGAAGCAGUAUAAGAUGAUCUGCCACGUGUUCGAGUCGGAGGACGCCCAGCUCAUCGCCCAGUCCAUCGGCCAGGCCUUCAGCGUGGCUUACCAGGAAUUCCUGCGAGCCAAUGGCAUCAACCCUGAAGACCUGAGCCAGAAGGAGUACAGCGACAUCAUUAACACCCAGGAGAUGUAUAACGACGACCUCAUCCACUUCUCCAACUCCGAGAACUGCAAGGAGCUGCAGCUGGAGAAGCACAAGGGCGAGAUCCUGGGCGUGGUGGUGGUGGAGUCGGGCUGGGGCUCCAUCCUGCCCACGGUGAUCCUGGCCAACAUGAUGAAUGGUGGCCCAGCCGCCCGCUCGGGGAAGCUGAGCAUCGGGGACCAGAUCAUGUCCAUCAACGGCACCAGCCUGGUGGGGCUGCCUCUCGCCACCUGCCAAGGAAUCAUCAAGGGCCUGAAGAACCAGACGCAGGUGAAGCUCAACAUCGUCAGCUGUCCCCCGGUCACCACGGUCCUCAUCAAGCGGCCAGACCUCAAGUACCAGCUGGGCUUCAGCGUGCAGAACGGAAUUAUCUGCAGCCUCAUGAGAGGGGGCAUUGCCGAGCGAGGGGGCGUUCGCGUCGGCCACCGCAUCAUCGAGAUCAACGGGCAGAGCGUGGUGGCCACAGCCCACGAGAAGAUAGUCCAGGCUCUCUCCAACUCGGUCGGAGAGAUCCACAUGAAGACCAUGCCCGCCGCCAUGUUCAGGCUCCUCACAGGCCAGGAGACCCCACUGUACAUCUAGGCUCCCCCCAGCCUGGACACCUGGCAGGCCCCCGCCCCGGGCCCAGAGGAGCUGGGAGCCAGGCCGCAGACUUGACCCCGACGCCACAGCCCAGCCACGGACACUGGCUCCCCAAAGGGCGUGCCCUCGAUACCCACCUGGUUUUUUGUUUUUUUUUUCCACUUUGCCAAAAAGGGGCAUGUCUUUAUCAAAGGAGAGUCACAGAACAAAUGUUUGUAAAGCGUUCAAGUAUUUUGCCACGUUCUGGACUGUCUUCUCCCUGCCACCGGCCAGGGUGUGUCUCGGUCGCUGUGCGUGGUGUGGACUGUGUGUUUCCUCCCUGAAGCUGUGCAGAGCCAACUGGCGCCUCCAAGGGACGCAGCUCCUGGGGCAGGGCAGCCGUUGCUCUGGCCCCCUCGGUAGGGACAUCUGGGGUCCUGUGGGCCCCCACAGUGGUCCCAAACAGCUGCCUGUCACUGACUGCAGGCACACAGGCAGCCCGGCUCCCAGGACGUGACUUGUCAUGAAAGUGUGGGGACAUGUGAUUGAUUGAUUGUAAAUAAAGGAUGAUGGCCACAACAUGAAAACUCC